AAGCUCAGUCGAUUGUCAAUUCUCGCCUUAUUAAUUCGAUCACUAAACAAUCAAAAUAAACGGUCAACGGGAUAAACAUUUACGUUAGCUACCUACUAUUAAUCAUCAACUUGUAAGCUAUCUAUAUUACGCCGGCAUUUAUCGGCUGCCAGCUAAAAGGCGAGAUUGCGUCUGGGCAGUCCACUCGUGUCUCACGCGCAGCUAGUAUGGUAAUGACAUCCUCGUCAUCCUACCUCGCCAAUCCACAAAACACCAUUCCAAUAUCUUCAAAUAUAUUCAACAAAACAUCGAACGUGCCAUGACCCGGCGAUAACCUGUAUUUACACCGAAUAAAGUGAUCUCAAAAGACUGAUCAACACAUCAGUGCGUCACAGUGCUAUUGUUACGUAUUUAAUUAAGUUAUUUAAGUAAAUGGUAUUAGACUUCGUGGGAAACGGACUGAUAUGUGGACACGUGCAGUGCUUUCAAAAAACUGACAAAAUAGUGAUAAGAAAAUGGCUAGGGCUUCGUUGACUGCUGGAUUCCUGGUGGCGCUACUGUUGCCAGUAAACACCUUAUUUUCAGGAGAUAGCUGUUAUGAAGACGAGCAGGGAGGAUCAUGUAUCCCACUCACUCAAUGCAAACCACUUAUGUCAGAAAUACAAAACGCUGGACACCCGAUGCCUCUCCAUAUAAGGAGAAAACUUCAUGAAAUCGGCUGUGGAUUUGAAUUAGAUGAGCCAUUGGUCUGCUGCCCAUCGCAUUCAAACAUUGACAAUGAUAUUACUCCGGGAUUUGACAUAGGAAAUUGGGGUAAUAUCAACCCCAAGCCUACAAGUGCUGUCGUUCCUACGCCUUCACAGCCUCACACCCGGGACACGGACAACAAGAAACCGUCAACCGGGACGGAGAACAGAAGUGGUCAGCCCCCAAACGUCCAGGGUCAUCGGAACCUGCACCUCCUCCCUGAGAACUGUGGUAUCGUGGACAGUGACAGGAUAUUUGGUGGCAACACCACUCGCCUGUUCGAGAUACCUUGGAUGGUACUCCUGUCUUACAGCUCACCAAGAGGAACGAAGCUGAGUUGCGGAGGCACGCUGAUCUCUGAGCGGUACGUGCUGACUGCCGCGCACUGCGUCUCGAAUCUGGGGGAGCGACUCAAGCUGAAUGGAGUCAUCCUGGGGGAGCACGACGUGCGAAAAGAUCCCGACUGUGAACGAGUAGGGGAAAAGCUGUACUGCGCGCCGAGCGUCAGGAAUGUAUCAGUGGAAGCAGUAAUUACGCACCAAUACAAUCCAGAGACGCUGGUCAACGACCUUGCUCUCCUGAGGCUGUCAGAACCCGCAGAUUUUUCUUUAGAAAGUAUGAAGGCAGUGUGUCUUCCCAUAACGCCUGAACUUCAAAACCAGUACUUGGACGAUCAGCCAGGGACGGUUGCGGGCUGGGGCGCCACGGAGGACGGUCUGCAGUCGCCGGUGCUUCUCAGUGUAGAACUACCCAUUGUCUCGAAUGCAGCUUGCACUAAAGUGUACAAAGACAAUCCACGCAUUUCCGAGCGACAACUGUGCGCCGGCGGCGUGCAGGACAAAGACUCGUGUGGUGGUGACUCCGGGGGUCCCUUGAUGUACCCUGGUAAUGUCUUGAACAGGGGCGAGCGCUACGUGCAGCGAGGCAUCGUCUCCUUCGGCUCGAAGCGCUGCGGCAUCGGCGGGUUCCCUGGCGUGUACACGCGAGUCGCCCACUAUAUGGACUGGAUAUUAGACAAUAUCCACGAGCUCACUGAAUCCCAAAAUUACCUUCCAGAAAAAUGCAACGGCGGUGCAGGAUGCAUAGAGCUCAAAGAAUGCACGAGCCUAUACGAUCAGCUUCGUAACCAGGGCAACACGCCCACCCUGGCGCGGCUCCUGCGCAGUCUGCAUUGCGGGUUCAACGGAGACCAGCCCAUGAUUUGCUGUCCUCCAGGGUUAGGCCCGCAAGCUUUAGACGUGGACACAGCCGAGAGAGCCGGGAUCACCAGGGUGAAACCCAUCAACUUACUCCCCGGACUCGAUCAGUGUGGCGCACAGAAUGACGACAGAAUCGUGGGAGGGACCAGGGCGGAGAUUGAUGAACAUCCCUGGAUGACCUUGCUGCGGUAUGACAAACCCAAAGGAUGGGGAUUCUACUGCGGGGGAGUAUUGAUUUCUGCGAGGUACGUGCUCACCGCCGCCCAUUGCGUCAAAGGAGAGGAUCUUCCUACUAAUUGGAAACUAUCCCAGGUCCGCCUCGGUGAGUGGAACACCUCGAGUGCAGUGGACUGCAUCGGGGACGAUUGCAGCGGGCCUCCACAGGACAUACCCGUCGAGGAAAUUAUCGCUCAUGAGAAAUACGACCCAGCAGACUCAAACCAACACAACGACAUCGCUUUGUUGAGGCUGGAGCACAAUGCGCAGUUUAAUGACUUCGUACGGCCUAUCUGCUUGCCGACGAUGAGUGACCUGAGACAGAAUACACUGGAGGGCUACGAUAUGGAAGUCGCCGGGUGGGGUAAAACAGAAACACGCUCGGAAUCAGAGGUGAAACUCAAAGUAUCGGUGCCAGUGGUGAGCAACAGCGAGUGCGACAACGUAUUCAGUAGGGUGAACCGCCGCAUAGUGUCGCAGCAGAUGUGCGCUGGUGGCAUGGCAGGGCAAGACUCCUGCAGGGGAGACUCGGGAGGAGCGCUCAUGGGCAAAGUGAACAAAUACAACAACUGGUUUGCUUUCGGCGUCGUCUCGUACGGGCCUUCGCCGUGCGGGACCCCGGGCUGGCCGGGUGUAUACACCCGCGUCACGGCCUACGUUGACUGGAUACUGUCUAAGAUCAAACCCUAG